CGCCGCUGACGUAGCGGCGUCGCUCUCGCUCUCAGGGAGGAGAAGGCAGAAAGAGGUUUAAAGAGACAACAGCCAAUGGAGGGGCUUUGGGGCAGCAGGGCGAGCCCCUACCCAUGCUGAGGAGCCCGGGCCCCGAGGAAGGAAGGCAGGCCGGCCUCGAAGGGCCCCGUGAGAGUUUGGAAGCGACUCUCCGCUGUGGGACCCCUUCUCCUUCUUCCACUAUCAUGGCUUUUCCAUCGAGGGAUCAUUCGGAGGGACUGCGUGGGACCCCAGCAGAUGCGGCGAGGGGGCAGCCGUUCCACUAGCCGGUGGAGACCCCCCCUCCUCUCUCACGAUGGUUUAUUGACACCUGCGGUGGCUUAUUCUCAACCAAGAAGAUCCCUGCCUUUUUGACCGCUUCCCCAUCCCACCCAAACCCUCCCUUCCCAACCCCUAACCCCACCCCUCCCGUGACCCCUUUCCCCCUCCGCGAAACGUUUCCAUCCGCCUUGGGAUUUGUAUGGCAGCGGCGUAACCGUGGAGAGGCCGGGGUACCACAAACUUAUGGAUUUUGAUAAGAGAGGAGGAGGCGGGAAAGGGGACAGCGAGGAAGGCCGGAGGAUGUCUAAAGCGGGUGGGGGACGCAACGCGCACGGGGGCCGGACAACAGGGACCAACUCGGGGGUCUUGAUGGUUGGGCCAAACUUCCGAGUUGGGAAGAAGAUUGGAUGCGGGAACUUCGGAGAGCUUCGGCUAGGGAAGAACCUCUAUACGAACGAAUACGUCGCCAUCAAAUUGGAACCUAUCAAAUCCAGAGCCCCUCAGCUCCAUCUAGAGUACCGAUUCUACAAACAGCUUGGCAAUGCAGAAGGGAUCCCUCAGGUCUACUACUUCGGCCCUUGCGGGAAGUACAAUGCCAUGGUGCUGGAGCUGCUGGGCCCCAGUUUGGAGGACCUCUUUGACCUCUGCGACCGGACCUUCAGCCUCAAGACUGUCCUCAUGAUCGCCAUCCAGCUGAUCACGAGGAUGGAAUAUGUUCACACCAAAAGCCUGAUCUACCGUGACGUCAAGCCGGAGAACUUCCUGGUGGGACGCCCUGGGAGCAAGCGCCAGCACACCAUCCACAUCAUUGAUUUCGGCCUGGCCAAAGAGUACAUCGACCCCGAGACCAAAAAACACAUCCCCUACCGAGAGCACAAGAGCCUCACGGGGACCGCGCGGUACAUGAGCAUCAACACCCACCUGGGGAAAGAACAAAGCCGCAGAGAUGACCUGGAAGCGCUGGGUCACAUGUUCAUGUACUUCCUCCGGGGGAGUUUGCCCUGGCAAGGCCUCAAGGCUGACACACUGAAGGAGCGCUACCAGAAAAUCGGUGAUACCAAGAGAGCCACGCCAGUGGAGGUGCUGUGCGAAAACUUCCCUGAGGAGAUGGCGACGUAUCUGCGCUACGUGCGGCGCCUGGACUUCUUCGAGAAGCCAGACUACGACUAUCUGAGGAAGCUCUUCACCGAUCUGUUUGACCGAAACGGCUUCGUCUUCGAUUACGAAUACGACUGGGCCGGGAAGCCCUUACCGACCCCCAUUGGCACAAUCCAGAGUGACGUCCAAGCCCAGGCCCCGAAUCGGGAAAAAGCGCAGCAGUACAUCAAGCAGCAGCCAUCACCCGACGGGGGGACGGAGCAGUGGGACCCCCAGCCCAGCCCCCAGCCUGCUGAGGAAGCGCUAGCAACGCACUUGGCCACCAGCAGGCUUGGGGGGUCCGUCCAGGUCAUGAGUUCGACUAACGGGGAGCUGAACACGGACGACCCUACGGCCGGUCACUCCAACGCCCCCAUCACGGCUCCAGCUGAAGUGGAGGUGGCUGACGACACAAAGUGCUGCUGUUUCUUCAAGAGGAGGAAGAGGAAAACCAGCCAGCGCCACAAGUGAGGCCGCGUUCCCCCCUUGGGACGUUUGGGGGCAGCCUUCUCGUCGGCCCCCCUGUGGAUGAUAGGUCUCGAUGCUCCAAACUGGGGUGUGGGGGGGCGCAAACACACACACAAACGCUUCUGGGCCCCCCUUCCCCCCCCUCCCCGAAGCAGGCUGAAGCCACUUGGACUCCGUCGAGAGACCUCCGUGGGGCCCGCCCUGUGUGGGGGGGACGCACCUGGGACGUCUGUGCCUCCCUUCGUGGCAAGGAGGAAGCAGCCCCCCGCUGCAGAAAUGCAGCCAUUCUCCAAAUCUUUUCAGUCUCCUCUUCUCCGUUUUGGGAAUCAAAGCGUUUACAGAAGAAAAUGAAGAAGCAGGCGAUGCGAAGGAACAGGAUAAUUAUUUUCGCCCUUUCCCCCCUUAUUUCCCCUUUGGCUUCUGUGUCUCUUUUAAGUUAAUUUUUUUUUAAUGUCCGCUUCUUUUCCGGGGGAGUCGCAAUGGCUGCAGACGGAGGAGGAGGAUUAUUUUUCUAAACGGGAGUUUCCUGUCUCGUUUGGGAGGACACGGCACUGCCCUCCCCCCGGGUUGAUCAGUGCACUUUUGGGUCGUAAUACAUGCAAAUGCCGGUGUGUCACGAAAUCGUCCCCGUUCUUUUUAUUAGAUACUUUUAUUUUCGUGUGUCAAACAACGAGGAUAAAUUGAGACCGACCUGAAGGUGAGAAGGAAAAAGCCUACAAUCUCAGGAACCGGCUGCCGACCAAAACGAGGACCUUCUCUCCUUUUUCUUUCAUCCUUUCCUCCCUUCCUUCCUCUUUACUUCUCUUUCUUCCAUACUUUCCCCUCUUCCUUUCCUAUUCCUUCCUCCCCUCAUCCCUUUUCCCUUCCUUUCCCUUCUCUCUCCAUCCAUCCCUUCCGUCCUUCUCUUUSCCUUCUUCUUUCAUCUUUGUCCUUGGUUUUCCCUUCUUUCCUCUCCCUUUCCCUCGCACAUCUCCUUCUUUGCUUUCUUCCUUUCUAUCCUACCUUUGCCUUCUCAUUUCAUUCUUCCCUCCUUUUUCUUCCCUUCUUUCUUUCCUCCCCGCAAUACAUUUUCCUGUUUUCCUUCCUUCCCUUUGUUCUUUUUCUUCUCCCUCCUGCCCUUUCCCAACUUUCUCUUCCUUUCCUUUUUCUAUCCUUCCAACAUGCCUUUUCCCCUUUUCUUUUCCCUCAUACUUUUCCUCCUUUCCUUUCUCUUCCUUCUUUCCCCUUGUACUUUUUCUUCCUCCUGUUCCUUCCUCUUGCUUCUUUUCCUCUUCCCUUUGUUUCUUCUCUCUCUUCCUUAUACCUUCCAUUCUCUUCCCUUUUUUCUUUCUUCCCUUCCCUUCUUUUAUACAUUUCCCUUUCCAUUCUGUCUCUUCUCUUUUUCUUUCUUCCCUCCAUCCCUUUUCCCUUCCUUCUCCCUUCAUCGCUUCCUUCCUCUCCCAUCUUUUCUUCAUGCCUUUCCUUCUUUCUCUACUGUUCCCUCCCUUCCUUUAUGUAUCUUCUUUUUCUUUCUUCUCUCCAUCACCUUUCCCUUCCUCCAUUCCCCCUUGUUCCCUUCGUCACUUCCUUCCUCUCCCAUCCUUCCUGCAUGCCUUUCCUCCUUUGCUCUUCCCUUCUUUCACUUUCUGCCUUUCCCCUCUUCCUUCUCCUUUCUCUUCUUUCCUUCCCUCCUUUUUCUUGGAUGAAGGGUGUGGGGCUUUCAACUUACAAAGGAAUAUAUAGGACGGAGUGAAGGACAGAAGCACUGGGAGGAACCUUUGAAGCAUAAAUAUAUUAAUAAUCAUAAUAGUAUAGAAGAGACCCUUCGCUCGUCAUUCAUUUCCUGCCCUUUUCCUUUAAGCCCCAGAAAAGCCUUCUUAAAAAGGCAGGACGAUGGAUGCCAGCUGCUUCCGAAGAGCUUCUUUAUAGAGAAAUAUAUAUAUUUUUAUACAAAGGGAUAUAGAUAUAUAUAUAUAGAUAUAAAGGCCGAAUGUGAGUUGCUCCAUUCGCCCUUAAGGAGCAGGUGCGUUCAAACCCUAUUAUUAAAGAAAAGAAGGGGCUCAAAAGGAUCACUCUGUUGGUCUUAAAUCCAUUUGUUCUGCAAACAGUUGUGCCUCUUGAGAACCGAGAGAAAGAAGGGAAGGGAAGAAAGGCUGAAUCCUCACUUUGGGCGACUUCCGACUCAGGAGCUUCUUUCCCAAAUGCUGCAAACAGGAUUGGAAUAAAUUGCAUUAAAUGCAGCCUUGAUGCAGAGGAAACCGAGCUCUGGUCCCUUUUGCAAGGUUUUUUCCCCCUCUAUAUAAAGCGACAGGUCGGCGCUUGCAUCCAAACAAAAACAUUGCUAAUAUUGUUGUGUUUUUUUUCUUCUUUGAAGAGGUUAAAGUUUGUGCUCCGAAAGGCAGGUGAGAAAGAGGCUGUUGUGAGUUUAGUUACUGCUUUAAAGAAACAAAACAAAAGGUAACGGCAACCGUGUUUCCUCGAAGCCAUAGACAUUAGGGGCUUUUUUAAAAAAGGAAAAAAAAGGAGGAGAGAGAAAAAAAAACAACCCAAAAUUAAACAAAAAAAACUUGAAAAUGA